AUGAAUACGCGAUACUUGUUUACACCCGAAUCACUAUGCAACUCCACGGUGGCGGUUUCGUUGAUUCCGGGUGGCGGAGAAGAGCGGGUGGCGGAGGAUGUGGGUCCACGUAGCCGUGGGCCCACGACUCGAAGGGUGUUUCAUUACCAAAACGGGUCAAGAUCGGAUAUCGGGUCGAACCCAUUUAAUACGGGUUCUUGGAUGUUUAUGGAGUUGAUGGGUUUGGUUUUUCAAGUUGUGAUGAUAACUUAUACUUUAUCGGUUUCAAAAGAGGAGAAAACGGUUUGGCCCAUGAGAACAUGGGUUUCCGGGUAUGGAGUCGGGUGUGUGCUUAACCUGGGUCUGUUAUUCUGGCGAUAUCGGGUUUUUUGCUCGACCCAUGUUGGAGUAGAAGAUUCGGGUAACAUCGAAGAAUCGAGGAACUUGCAGAUGAUGAACAAAUCUCGAACGUUCAUGGAACUAUUCUUUGCGAUAUGGUUUGUGAUGGGGAACGUUUGGGUUUUCGAUUCUCGAUUUGGAACCUUUCAAAAAGCUCCUAAACUCGACGUGCUUUGCAUCUCGCUACUGGCUUGGAACGCGAUUACCUACUCAUUCCCUUUCAUUUUGUUUCUAUUUCUAUGUUGUUUUGUGCCACUUAUUAGUAACUUACUUGGGUACAACAUGAACGCUGGCUCGACCAAUCGUGGUGCAUCUGAAGAACAAAUCCUGAAGCUACCUACAUGGAAAUACAAAGAAAUCGAACCCGAUUUAGAGCUCGGAAAAUCCAUCAUGGAUAGCUCGAACACAGUAAGUCGAAUACAUCUUGAAUGUUGUAUAUGUUUGGCAAAAUACAAAGAGAAGGAGGAAAUGAGACAAUUGGGAUGCUCACAUACAUUCCACAUGAAAUGUGUGGAUCAAUGGCUCAAAAUAGUAUCAUGUUGCCCUCUUUGUAAGCAAGAAUUGGAAAGAUGACAUGGAUAUCAACAUGGACAUGGAUGUUGACAUGACAUGAUAUCUGUAUGAUUUUAAUUUGUAAAAAACACAUAUAUACGCGGUUACUAGAGUGAGGAAAAUGGGUACAGAUCGUAGUUCACCAGU